GCUCCGUUGAGCAUUGCAUUUCCUCGCGUCUUCACUCCCUUCCUCUCGGAUUCCUCUUCAUCCCUUCAAAAUGAAGCGCAAGACUGAUGGAAGAGAUUCCCUUGGCGGGAAGGACCAGCCCGAGACCAAAAAGCGCGCCCUGUCGAGCGAAGAAGUCGCUGCGCGCUUCCGUGACGGUCUGUUCGAGCCGUCGGAGCUGCAGAAAUACACCGAGCAAUACGCUCAGUCUGCUCCGUACAAGCAUGGUGUCAUCCACCCCCUGAUCGAGCCCUCCCUCUUGCGCGCCGUCCGCGACGAAAUCCAGGCCCAGGUCGACUUCACCGAGAAGGAGACCGAUAUCUACAAGAUCUUCCAGUCCGGAGACCUGGCCAACCUGGACGGUCUCGACGAUGCCUCUCUUUCGCGACUGCCGUCGAUUCUCAAGCUGCGCGAUGCCCUCUAUUCUGCCCGGUUCCGCGAGUAUCUGUCGUCGGUCACCGGCUCCGGAAAGCUGAGCGGACGCAAAACCGACAUGGCCAUCAACGUCUACAACGAGGGCUGCCACUUGCUCUGCCACGACGAUGUCAUUGGCAGCAGACGUCUAUCCUAUAUCCUGUACCUGACCGACCCCGACACUCCCUGGCAGGCCGAAUGGGGUGGAGCAUUGCGUCUGUAUCCCACUACGACCAAGAAGGAUGCGAACGGCGAUGACGUCCUGAUCCCCAGCCCGGACUUCACCCUCAGCAUUCCGCCCGCCUUCAACCAGCUGAGCUUCUUCACCGUCCAGCCCGGAGAGAGUUUCCACGAUGUCGAAGAAGUGUAUCACCCGAGAGAAAACGAGGACAAGUCCCACAAGCGGGUGCGCAUGGCCAUCAGCGGUUGGUUCCACAUCCCGCAGGAGGGUGAAGAUGGUUUUGAGGCCGGCUUGGAGGAGAAGCUUGCGGAGCGAAGCAGUCUGGCCCAGCUCCAGGGCCGCGGCGACAUUUACGACCUCCCCCAGCCGAAGCCGGUCGACUGCGAGAACGAGCAAGAAGAAGCCGCGAAGGGCAAGGGCAAGGCUAAAGUGGAGGAGGAGCCCACGGCCGAAUUUACGGAAUCCGACCUCUCCUUCCUAAUCCAAUACAUUGCCCCGUCGUACCUGACGCCCGACAUCGCCGAAGAAAUGUCCGAGACCUUCUCCAACGAGUCGUGUCUCAGCUUGGACCGAUUCCUGUCGGAGAAAUUCGCCGCUCGUAUUCGGACCUACAUUGAAGAGCAGGAGAAGACGGAGUUGCCCAAGUCCUCCGACGAGAUCCUCGCUCAGACUGGCUGGACGAUCGCCCGCCCACCCCACAAGCAGCGCUACAUGUUCCAGCAACAUGGCACGGCCACCCAAGACCAGAAAUCUCCGAUCCAGGAAAUCUUGGACGACCUCUUUCCUUCCCGGGCGUUCCGGAAGUGGCUGGCCAUUAUUACGGGGUCGGAGUGCAUCACCAGCUACGAUUUCCUGGCACGCCGCUUCCGCCGUGGGCAGGAUUAUACCUUGGCCAGCGGCUACGACGGUGAGAAACCUCGUCUGGAGCUGUCCCUGUGCCUGACGCCGACCCCCGGAUGGGAGAAGGAGGGGGCGGACGACGAGGAUGAGGAAAUGGACGAGGAAUCGGCGGCCAAGGCCGAGCCUAAGAAGGCCAAGGAAGCCGCCAACGGUGACGCCGAGGAGCCCUCGGUGGGUGGAUACGAGAUCUACAUGGCCGGGGACGACGAGGAUGAGGGCGAUGCAGCGAUCUACCGGUCCGCAGGGGCCGAGGACGAUGACGGCAUCCUCUUCAGCACCGCCGCCGGAUGGAACCGGCUCAGCAUUGUGCUGCGGGACAGCGGCACGCUCAAGUUCGUCAAGUACGUUAGUGAGGCUGCCAAGGGCGACCGUUGGGACAUUACCGGGGAUCUGGGGGUGGAGUUUGGGGAAGAUGACGAGGAGGACGAGGAUGAAGAUGAUGAGGACGUCGAAAUCGACGAAGACGACGACGAUGAAGAUGAAGAUGAAGAGUGAAAAAGUGAUAAUUCCUGUACAUAACCUACGCUACGUGAUGAACCCAACCAAAAUACUAUCUAUGUAAAGUCAUUUCGGACCCCCUCGAUCCAAAAAUAGAACAGCUAUUCCUUCC